AUGCAGUCCUUAAAAAACUUUUCGGUGCAGAGGCAUAUUCUAGGAGACGAUGUGGAAGCAGGGAUCCAGCUUCACGGAUUUUGCGAUGCCAGCGAAAAGGCCUACGGAGCUUGCAUUUACGUAAGAAGUUUGGAUAAAAAUGGCAUGGUGCAAGUUCAUCUACUAUGUGCGAAGACUAGAAUAGCACCUCUCAAGGCAGUAUCAAUCCCAAGAUUAGAGUUAUGUGGGGCGCAACUAUUAGCUCAGUUGAUGAGUAAAGUUAAAGCAUCAUUGGAUGUCAAGAUAAAUAGUAUACAUUGUUGGACGGACGCGUCGAUUGUUCUUCAUUGGAUCAAGGCCACCAAUAAGAAGCUUCCGGUGUUCGUGGCACAUCGAGUGGGAGAGAUACACGAAUUAACAUCGGUGGAUGCCUGGAAUCACGUAGGGACAAGAGAUAACCCGGCAGGGGUUAAAGAACUGCAAGGCGCGCGGUUAUGGUGGAACGGGCCUGAAUGGCUAAAGGAUCAAGCGCAGAUCGACACUCGAUUGAGUUGGGAAGAUCAUAAAGAAAUGCAAACUAUGCAAUCAAUGGAGCCAGUCAUGCUGUUGACGGCUAAACAUCCAGAAUUGAGUCUCGUGGAUAGAUUUUCCACAUUGCAGAGGUUAACACGAGUUACGGCGACGUGCAUAAAAUUUGUUCGACUUUGUAAAAGAUCGGAGGGUGUAAAGGCCACGCAACCAUUAGCUGCCGAGAAGUUGGAAUAUGCGAACUUAGUGCAUUGCGCAAAGGCAGUUAGCAGUAGUCUAAGACAUUUGAAUCCUCUAGUAGAUGAUGAGGGCAUAUUGUGCGUUGGUGGCAGGUUGAAACGCGCUGACUUAUCUUACGGCACUAAGCAUCCGAUAGUACUACCUCAGUGCUCGAAAUUUACAAAGUUGAUUAUAUUACAUGAGCACAUAAGACAUGAUCACGCGGGUGCGGAGGCUACGCUAGCUGCGGUUAGAAGAGCAUAUUGGCCGAUUAAGGGAAGAAGUAUUACCAAGAAAUUAAUACGCGAAUGCGUCAAGUGUUUUAGGUAUAGACCGCGCAUUACUGAGCCCAUGAUGGGUGACUUACCUAGUAGUAGGGUAAAUCUUUCAAAACCAUUUUCGAAUACUGGGGUGGAUUUUUGCGGUCCUAUAUAUAUACGCGAGGGCAGGAGACGAGGAGCUAAGCGUAUUAAGGCUUAUGUAGCAAUUUUUGUUUGUAUGACUGUUAAAGCAGUUCAUUUUGAGGUUGUUUCAGAUUUAUCCACGGAUGCGUUUCUUAAUGCAUUUAAAAGGUUUAUUGCUCGCAGAGGAAAACCUACGAAUAUGUAUUCUGAUAAUGGUACUAAUUUCAUUGGAGCAAACGCUGCGUUAGAGAAGGAUAAAAGCAUUUUUCAUUCAGAGCAAUCCAGAAGGAGUAUUAUAGACCAUGUAUCUCCUGAAGGAAUCAAAUGGCAUUUCAUGCCACUCAGAGCUCCCCAUUUUGGAGGUUUAUGGGAGUCCACGGUCAAGUCUUUCAAAAAUCACUUUUACAAGAUGACUACUGAAGCGGCAAUGACGUUCGACGAGGCGUCUACUCUCGUGGUCCAAAUAGAGGCGAUAUUAAAUUCGCGUCCACUGACUGCCUUAUCUGAAGAUCCUAAUGAUGUUAGUUAUUUGUUCCCAGGUCAUUUUUUAAUAGGUGACACAUUAACAUCGUAUCCUGAGCCAGACAUUACCGAGACAAAGCGGCGCAAUAAAUGGAUGUCGAAUGCUGGCCAGCAGAUAAAAGUCGGCCAAUUGGUCUUGUGUCGAGAGGAAAAUUUACCUCCGUUGAAAUGGGCCCUUGGGCGAAUACAAGAGGUGAUGCCGGGCGAUGAUAGAAUAGUAAGAACAGCGAUAGUUAAGACCGCCAAUGGAGAAUAUAAAAGGCCAGCUGUGAAAUUAUGCGUGCUGCCAAUAAACGAUUACGAGGCCGAUGCGGAAAAUGUUUAG